GCCGAGCAGAGGUGCUUUUCUACUUCUCAAGGGUUGAAAAGGUUGGGUUUGAACGGGAAGCUCCUCAUAUCGUCGGCUAUGGUGGUACAAGAAACAAUAUAAUUAGAAGUUAAUGUACAGUGAGUGGAGAAAUGACUGCUUACAGGGAGCUGUGGUAUCCUUGCGCAAUACGAUGAGUGAAUAGAUUUAAAAUACAGCGCUAGGAAAAGAGCUUAUACAUGAUUAUUUUUGCUUUUCAUUGAUGGUGCCGCACAGUUGUUAUCAGAGAAUAUUGCUAUUUUUACAGGAACGCCUUGUUUGUUUUUAUUUUGCUGUGCGUAAUGAUGGCCACUUACCAAAAUACCCAUGAUGACGCAAUGACUUUUAUGGUCACUGACACCAACAUAGCCGAGGAGAAGGACCUAACCAAAGACGAGGCGAGCCAGGAGAAGGAUUCGGAGAAGAAUGAUCCAUAUCAGAAACCUCCGUACUCAUACGUGGCCCUGAUUGCCAUGGCGAUUCGGGAGAGUUCGGAAAAAAGACUCACGCUGUCCGGGAUUUACCAGUUCAUCGUUUCAAAGUUCCCUUUCUACGAAAAGAACAAGAAAGGAUGGCAAAACAGCAUUCGCCACAACCUCAGCCUCAACGAAUGCUUCAUCAAGGUGCCCCGGGAAGGCGGCGGCGAAAGGAAGGGAAACUACUGGACCCUCGACCCGGCGUGCGAGGACAUGUUCGAGAAGGGGAAUUACAGGAGGAGGCGAAGGAUGAAGAGACCUUUCAGGACCGCCCCGCCUCAUUUCCAGCCGCUGAAAUCUCUCUUCGGUGGGGAUGGAUACGACUACCUCUCUCCUCCUAAGUACCUGCAGUCUAGAUUUAUGAACAACUCCUGGCCGCUUGGCCAACCGCCUGUCCCUAUGUCCUACCCGUCUUGCCAGAUGGCCAGUGGGAACGAAAGUCCCAUCAACGUCAAAGGACUAUCAGCACCCUCGCCUUAUAACCCGUACUCCACAGUGCAAAGCAUGGCUCUGCCCGGUAUGGUGAACUCCUACAACGGCGUGACCCAUUACCACUCCUACGCUCACUACACCCAGCAACCGAGCACGGUCACAGCGGCCCCAAACCAAGUUUCGCCAACGACCGGAACGAGCUCCCCGUUCGCCUGCGCCCCUGCUGAGCGGAUGAACUACUCGUACUGGGAUCAAGGCAGCAAGCCGUCCGCAUUCACAUAUUGACAUCCGGUCAAUUUCGAGAGCCUCUCGACGUCCAUGGACUCUUCAAUAAACAUGGAAUGUAUACCCUUCCCUAUCACCACCAUUGAACCAAAGACCGUGAUUCAUUUUUAUGUCCGUGAGAGAGAAACGUGGCGAUUCUAUCCGUUUUAGAGAAGAAGCUGUAUCCGCUGACAUAUGGGACUUUGGAGGAAUCAAAUACUGCUUGCACAUAUUGAAACUUUGGGGUCUCCAGGUGUUGUAGCCUACAUUUAUCUGCCGUUCGAAUUGUUGGUCAGUUGGACAGAUGACCUCUGAAAUCAGUUGCAAAAUCUAGCUCAUGUCAAAGCUAUAAAUUGAAAGAGUACAUUCCAAACACACAAUUAAAAUAAGAGUAUACUAUUUUGGACGUGAGGUGACAUUUCAGAUUUCAAGAGCUCGUUUGUCUUGCCAUUGAGAGAUUGUUACUGCGUGCAGCCGAGUGAAAUUUGGAUGUAACGUGUGAGGAGCCUGUACGGAGAGAACAAAAAAAACAGAAGCCUAUUUCUGCCGUUUGACCGAACAGAUAUUUUUCCUC